UUUUAGUGUUUAUGGAGUCGAAUGAAGCUCUGAACUAAAACCCUAAAUCUCAUUCUUCUGAUUUUUCCUCACUCUAAAAAGAGCUUCUUCUCUGUUCAGGUGAGAGAAAUUGUUUUUUUCUGUCGUCUUAAAUCUUGUUUUCCUCUUCAAUUACGCCAGGUUUGCCUUCUUUGUCUUCCUCAACUCGAGAUGUUUCAACUCAAUUUCUUCUGGUGAGUGAAAUCUGCAUUUAGUGAUUUUUUUUUUUGUUUUUAAUUAUAGUGGUUCAUUAGUAAAGAAGAAUCAGGAGAGAAUAGAUGAGAAAGAGUAUAAUUCCUUGUCCGUGAAUCGAAGGUCGUAAUUAAUUUUGGCAUCACAGUGGUGACUUAAUAAAAUAAAAGUAGAUGGUAAACAAUGAGGGCAAAAGAAAGUUGUAAUUCGUUUUUUUGCUUAAAGGAAAUAGAGAAUAAAAGAUGAGGGAAAGGAGAAAUGAGAGAGACUUGUGGUGGGGCUAGCAGUGAAAACAUAAGGAUAAAUGGAAAUCCCACAUACUCACUGCAGAUGAAAGCGACGGCAGAAACAUGAACAAGAAAAUUUGAUGAACCACCAAGCAACAGUCUAGGCUACAAAUACAACCAUGAUAAACAGCCUGCUGAUUUUUCUUCUUCAAUAUCAAUAUCCUUCAACAAAAUGGAUCUUAACAGUAGAGGGCAACAGGCCUUACCACCACCUAACACUACAUUCUCUUCCUCGGCUGCAAGUAACAUGAGAUCCAUGGACAAAGGCAAAACCAUUGCUCAGUACAAUGCUGAUGCUGGACUUUUGGCCGAGUUUGAGCAAUCUACUGCUUCUGGUAAGUUGUUCAACUAUUCAAGAUCAGUUGUUUUUCCUCCUCAGAAUGUCCCUGAUGAACAAAUCAGUGCUUAUCUUUCGAAAAUCCAGAGGGGUGGUUUUGUUCAGCCUUUUGGUUGCUUGCUGGCUGUUCAGGAACCCACUUUUAGAAUCAUUGCGUAUAGCGAGAAUUGCUUUGAAUUCCUGGGUUUGACUGUUACCAGUGGGUUUGAUGGGAAAGGUUUGCUUGGAAUUGAUGCCAGAACCUUUUUUAUGCCUUCCUCCAGUGGGUCCUUAGCAAAGGCUGCUGCUUCUAGGGAGAUCUCAUUGUUGAACCCAGUUUGGGUGUAUUCUAGAACAACCGAGAAGCCGUUUUAUGCUAUACUGCACAGAAUUGAUGUGGGAAUCGUGAUCGAUUUGGAGCCUGCUAGGUCAAUUGAUCCUGCUUUGUCACUUGCUGGAGCAGUGCAGUCACAGAAGCUAGCUGUCCGCGCCAUUACUAGAUUGCAGUCACUCCCUCGAGGUGAUAUUGGUGCAUUGUGCGACACGGUUGUGGAGGAUGUUCAAAAACUUACUGGGUAUGACCGGGUUAUGGUAUAUGAGUUCCAAGAUGAUGACCAUGGUAAAGUUGUCUCUGAAAUUAGGAGGUCUGAUUUGGAACCAUAUUUGGGAUUACAUUAUCCGGCAACUGAUAUUCCUCAAGCAGCUCGUUUCUUGUUCAAACAGAAUCGUGUUCGAAUGAUUUGUGACUGUGAUGCUAAGCCAGUUAGGGUCAUUCAAAGUGAAGAACUUAAGCAGCCUCUUUGUUUGGUCAAUUCAACAUUAAGAGCACCCCACAGCUGCCACACACAGUACAUGGCAAAUAUGGGCUCUAUUUCCUCACUGGCAAUGGCAGUCAUCAUUAAGGACAAGAAUUCAACCAAGCUCUGGGGGCUGGUAGUGUGCCAUCAUACAUCUUCACGCUAUGUGCCUUUUCCCCUUCGCUAUGCUUGUGAAUUCCUCAUGCAAGCAUUUGGCCUGCAGCUAUUCAUGGAACUUCAAUUGGCUGCACAGAUGGUCGAGAAGAAGGUUCUUCGGACUCAAACCUUACUUUGUGACAUGCUGCUCCGUGAUGCUCCAUUUGGCAUUGUGACUCAAUCUCCGGGCAUUAAAGAUCUCCUGAAGUGUGAUGGAGCUGCAUUAUAUUAUGGUGGGAAAUGUUGGUUACUAGGUGUGACUCCAACUGAAUCACAGAUAAAAGAUAUUGCAGAAUGGCUGCUUGACAAUUAUGGUGAUUCUACAGGGUUGAGCACUGAUAGUUUGGCAGAUGCCAGUUACCCUGGUGCUGCUGCACUAGGAGACGCAGUUUGUGGCAUGGCUGCUGCCAGAAUUACUUCAAAAGAUUUCCUAUUCUGGUUUAGGUCUCAUACUGCAAAUGAAGUCAAAUGGGGAGGAGCUAAGCACCACCCGAAGGAUAGAGAUGAUGAUGGAAGAAUGCAUCCUAGAUCAUCAUUUAAAGCUUUCCUUGAAGUGGCCAAGAGUAGAAGUGUGCCGUGGGAUAUGUCAGAAAUUAAUGCUAUUCACUCUUUGCAGCUUAUAAUGAGAGAUUAUUUUCAGGAUACAGAAGUUAGCAGUUCUAAGGCACAGGCUUCUGACCAGCAGAAUGAUCUCAAGAUGCAGGAUAUGAAUGAACUCAGUUCAGUGGCAUGUGAAAUGGUUAGAUUGCUCGAGACAGCAACGGCACCGAUUUUUGGAGUUGAUUCAGCUGGUUUUAUCAAUGGUUGGAAUGCAAAAAUUGCUGAAUUGACAGGAUUACAAGGUAGUGAAGCCAUGGGGAAAUCUUUGGUUAAUGAAGUUGCUCACGAGGAUUCAUGUAAAGCUCUUGAAAAUCUUAUAUGCAGAGCUUUGCAAGGUCAGGAAGAUAGAGAUGUUGAGCUAAAGCUGAGAAAUUUUCAGCUUCACCAGUCAACCUCUGUCAUCUACAUUGUAGUCAAUGCCUGCACAAGUAGGGAUUACAUGAAAAACAUUGUUGGCGUGUGCUUUGUUGGCCAAGACAUCACAAGCGAAAAACUCAUGAUGGAUAAAUUCGUCCGUCUGCAGGGAGAUUACAAGGCUAUAAUUCAAAGUAUUAACCCAUUGAUUCCUCCAAUAUUUGCAUCAGAUGAGAAUGCAUGUUGUUCAGAAUGGAAUGCGGCUAUGGAGAAGCUGACUGGCUGGACAAGAUAUGAGGUUAUUGGUAAAAUGCUUCCUGGGGAAAUUUUUGGAGAUUUUUGUCGGUUGAAAGGUCAAGAUAUGCUGACUAAAUUUAUGAUCCUGUUAUAUCGAGGAAUUGCUGGUCAAGGAACAGAAAAUUCCCCCUUUGGAUUUUUUGAUAGAAAGGGAAACUAUGUGGAGGUGUUGUUAACAGCAAACAGGAAAACCAAUGGCGAUGGCAAUAUAACUGGAUGUUUCUGCUUUUUGCAGACUGUUAUGCUUGACAUGCAUAAUGUCUCAGACGAAAGCAGUCAGGGCAGAUUGUGUGUGUCAAAACUUAAGGAACUUUCUUACAUACAACAAGAGAUGAAAAAUCCUCUCAAUGGCAUUCGGUUUACCCACAAACUUCUAGAAACUACAGUGACUUUGGAAAAUCAGAAGCAGUUUCUUGAGACCAGUGAUGCUUGUGAAAGACAAAUCAUGACGAUAAUUGACAUUAUGGACUUAGGAAGUCUUGAAGAAGGUGCCAUGAAGCUGAACAAUGCAGAAUUUCUUAUGGGAAAUGUUUUGGAUGCUGUUGUUAGCCAAGUCAUGAUCUUGUUGAGGGAAAAGAAUCUACAACUUCUGCAUGAGAUUCCGGAUGAAAUCAAAACAUUGUCACUAUAUGGUGAUCAAAGCAGGCUUCAACUUGUCUUGUCUGAUUUUUUGCUUAAUGUGGUGCAUCAUGCUCCUUCUGAAGAUGGCUGGGUAGAAAUCAAGAUUUCACCAGCUCUGCAGCUAAUACAGGGCAGCAACGAAUUCAUCCAUUUGCAGUUAAGAAUGACUCACCCCGGCAAAGGUCUUCCUUCUAGCCUUCUUCAAGAUAUGUUGGAAGGAGAAAACAAAUGCACUACUCAAGAAGGCUUAGGGCUAAACCUUUCGCGGAAGCUGCUGAAUCGAAUGAAUGGUGAUGUCCAUUAUGUUCGAGAGCACAACAAAUGCUAUUUCCUUAUUGACCUUGAACUUCGGACGAAAAAGGAAGAUUGAACUGUGGCGAACUGGUAGAAGCAGAUAGAUCUAAAUUCUUUUUGCAUUACAUAUAUACGGUCGGAUGCGACUGUGCAAAGUGAAAGUCAUUAUGACUUUUGAGUUGUGUUUCUUGGUCUAUGUAUGUAUUCUUAAAAGUCCAUCCAUUUCUGAGCGGGUUCUGCUAUUUGAGUUUCUUGUAUAUUUUCUGUAUUGAUGUAAAGUUAAUGUGCAGCAUGUAUAUAUAUCUUGUAAAGGCAUGGAAUGAGUGGAGGAAGACAUUCACAAACGCA